AUGUGGGAACGAAUGGGAGCGCCCAAAGACAAGAUAGUUGUGGGACUGGCUACUUAUGGUCGUAGUUUCACUCUAACCAACCCUUCAAACAACGGUAUGAAUGCCCCGACAUCAGGAGGAGGAAAAGCUGGUGAAUUCAGUCGAGAGUCGGGAUUCUUAGCAUUUUAUGAAAUCUGCGAAAUGAUGAAGAAUGGCGCCACUUAUAUAUGGGAUGACGAACAGAAAGUGCCAUAUCUUGUAGAUGGAGACCAAUGGGUUGGCUUCGAUGACGAGCGAUCCAUUCGAGAAUUUGGUGUAAAAAUGUGGGAACGAAUGGGAGCGCCCAAAGACAAGAUAGUUGUGGGACUGGCUACUUAUGGUCGUAGUUUCACUCUAACCAACCCUUCAAACAACGGUAUGAAUGCCCCGACAUCAGGAGGAGGAAAAGCUGGUGAAUUCAGUCGAGAGUCGGGAUUCUUAGCAUUUUAUGAAAUCUGCGAAAUGAUGAAGAAUGGCGCCACUUAUAUAUGGGAUGACGAACAGAAAGUGCCAUAUCUUGUAGAUGGAGACCAAUGGGUUGGCUUCGAUGACGAGCGAUCCAUUCGGGUUAAGACUAAAUGGCUGUUAGAGAAUGAUUACGCCGGCGCUAUGGUAUGGACUGUCGAUAUGGACGACUUCACCGGUAAGUGCUCCGGAAGGAAGUACCCGCUGAUUGAGGUUAUGGGCGAAGAACUCAUUGGACGACCAAAAUCCACGUCAAAUCUCGAGUCAAUUGUACAGAAGGCGUCGUCUAAUCCGUUAAUCAAAGUCUCGGUUCCCAACACUGAGUCCAAUAUAAUUCAUGAGAAACCAGAUCUGACGCCAACUACCAGUGAUUCCAUUAAAUCUAAUGCUUUGGCUAAUGAUGACGAGACAAAUGCCAGAAUAGUCUGCUAUUACACCAACUGGUCAAACAAGAGGCCGGGUAUUGGCAAGUUUGAGCCGGAACACUUGGACCCAACUCUUUGCACACAUAUUAUCUUCGCGUUUGCGAACCUCAACAGUGAAUUCAAGAUCAGUCCGAGUGAAGAGAGCGAUGAAACCCACGGCUCUCAAACAGGACUUUACGAUCGGGUGCUCGCAAUCAAAGCCAAGAACCCAAACCUCAAAGUAAUGAUAGCAGUGGGAGGUUGGAUGAUGGGUCCGACACCUUUCAAACAACUCACCGAAAAUACUUAUCGCCAAACUCUCUUCAUAUUCAAUGCAAUUGAGUUUUUGCGCAAAAAAGGGUUCGACGGACUGGACAUCUGUUGGGAGUUCCCGCGCGGGGCAGAAGACAAGGAGAAAUAUGUCUCUUUGAUUAAAGAAUUGAGAGAAGCCUUUGAUGGAGAAGCGAAGGGCUCGUCUAAAUCGCGACUAUUAUUGACAGCAGCAGUUCCCGCGAGCUUUGAGGCGGUCACCAGUGGUUUUAAUGUCCCAGAAGUCAAUAAAUAUUUAGAUUUUAUGAAUAUUAUGAGCUAUGACUUCCACGGGGACUGGGAGCAAACGGUUAAUCACAACUCACCAUUAUUUCCAUUGAACACAGCAUCUGGAUAUCAGAAAAAGUUAACCGUGGACUUCAGUGUAGCCGAAUGGGUCAACAAAGGCGCCUCCAAAGAAAAAUUAGUGGUUGGCCUCCCGACCUAUGGGCGCACCUUUACUCUAUCUAAUCCCAAUCACACUGAUAUCAAUGCUGCGGCUGUUAAAGGAGGUCAACCCGGGCAGUAUACUCGAGAGUCGGGAUUCUUGGCUUUCUUUGAAAUUUGUGAUCUCUUGAAAUUGGGGGCCACUUUGGUCUGGGAUAACGAACAAAUGGUUCCCUACGCUUAUACUGGCGAUCAAUGGGUCGGAUUUGAUGACCCGAGAAGUUUUAAAGUUAAAGUUCAAUGGCUAAAACAAGCGGGAUAUGGAGGCAUAAUGAUCUGGUCAAUAGACAUGGAUGACUUCAGUGGCUCAUGUAUGGGACAAAAGUUUCCAUUAAUACAUGCGGCCAAAGAGGAGCUCAAGGGCUACAAAGUGGCCAAUUUGGAGGCCCAGAGCAGUAAUAUUAAUACAGCUAUUGGACAGGCGUUGGAGAAAAAUAAAGAUGAAGUCAAAUGUGAGGAAUCUGAUGGACACAUAAGCUAUCAUAAGGACAAGACUGACUGCACGAUGUAUUAUAUGUGUGAAGGCACUCGAAGGCAUCACAUGCCGUGUCCGCAAAAUCUCGUAUUUAAUAUCAAUGAGAAUGUGUGCGAUUGGCCCGAGAAUGUGGAGGGCUGUGGUGUGGCCGCAACCACACCGUCAUAA